AGUCAAUCUGAUCAUUGCAUCUAGUCCUCUACAGCACACGCUCUCUCUCUCUCUCUCUCUCUCGACUACAUACGCGCCGAACACGAGAUUGAAAUAGAAUGUCGAACGCACCACCUCUCCCCACUGCAAAUGCUGGUCCACGACCAUCGGCCUCUGGACGCGUUCCGCCCAUCGCCAAGCCCUUUGUGAGUGAAAGAGCAGCGAAGUACUUGGACAUAAUCGAGAAAUGGGUCAAUGAGGAAUGUAUUCCCGCCGAUCAAGUAUAUGCCACACAAAUUGGGACGGGGGACGCUCGCUGGGAUGGCCAUCCUUCGAUUCUGGAUGAUCUCAAGGAACAAGCCCGCAAGCUUGGACUGUGGAAUAUGUUUCUACCCAAGAACCAUUACGCCAACCUCAGCGAGUACGACAGAUAUGGAGGAGCUGGUGGUUUUACCAAUGUUGAAUAUGGCUUGAUGGCUGAAUUGCUGGGACGGAGUAAGAUUGCUUCAGAAGCAUGCAACUGUGCCGCGCCAGACACGGGCAAUAUGGAGGUCAUUGCCAGGUAUGGCACAGCGGAUCAGAAGAAGACGUGGUUGGCACCUCUUCUGGCUGGCGAGAUCAGGUCUGGAUUUCUGAUGACAGAGCCAGACAAGGCCAGUAGUGAUGGCUCCAACAUCAGUCUGAGUAUCCGGAAGGAGGGUAGUGAGUUAAUCCUGAACGGUUCCAAAUGGUGGAGUUCGGGUGCUGGCGAUGAUCGCUGCAAAAUCUACGUGGUCAUGGGUCUCAGCGACCCAGACAAUCAGGACCGCUACGGUCGCCAAAGCAUGGUUUUGGUACCAAGUGAUGCAAAGGGUCUGGUUGUUCAUCGCAUGUUGAGCGUGUAUGGCUACGAUGACGCUCCGCAUGGCCAUGGUCACAUCACUUUCGAUAACGUCCGAGUUCCAGUCUCGAACCUGCUGCUCGGGUUUGGCAAAGGGAACGAAAUCAUGCAGGGCCGGCUCGGACCUGGACGCAUUCACCACGCCAUGAGAGCCAUCGGCAGUGCUGAAGUUGCGCUGGAGUGGAUGAUUGCACGCCUCAAUGAUGAUCGUAAAGUGCCUUUCGGCAAACCUCUGCGUGAGCAUGGCGUCCUCUUGGAGUGGGUAGCCAAGUCUCGCCUCGAGAUCGACUCUGCUCGCCUGAUUGUGCUGAAUGCGGCGAUCAAGAUUGACCAAGGCGAUGCAAAGGCGGCACUGGUCGAAAUUGCUCAGGCCAAGAUUCUGGUACCCACCAUGGCAUGUACUGUCAUCGAUCGUGCUGUACAAGCCCAUGGUGCGAUGGGUGUAUGCCAGGAUACUCCACUGGCCAACAUGUGGGCUCACAUCAGAACCAUCAGGAUUGCAGAUGGGCCUGAUGAGGUACAUCUGAACCAAAUGGGCAGAAGGGAGAACCGAGCGAGAGCCCGAGAGUGCAUUGAGAGACUACAAGCCCAGGAGAAGCGAGCGCAAGAGCUCUUCAACAAGCAUGGCGUCGAGGAUAAACAGCUGGGAGGACGCAAGGUGAAAGGGGUCCAAGGCAUGACGAGGUCCAAAUUGUAGAGUUCAUAUGAAGGGACUCUAUGCAGAUUCAAUCAAUGGACCCCCUGAUGUUUCUGAGGUUCGUGCCCGAAGCCUGUGGCACCUCUUCACAGUUGAGACACAUCGGCGUCACUCCACCAGAUCACACACGCCUCUUCACGAACCUGCACGUCUUCACCGCACUGCUGGAUCCAAACUCUGCGCCGCAAACCGCACAUUUCACACCUCACACCGCACACCCACGACCACGACCACGGAAACCGACUGUAGCUGCAUUCGCUAUACGAUGAAGCGCAUCCUGCCUGACCGUAUGUGUGAGACUUGUCGCCAUAUGGUUCGCAUGGGUCACAUCUGCAGCGUCCGCGCGGAGGCAAAGUGCAACGCGGUCCCCCAGGCAGCUCCGAUGUACUCGAACCCGCCGCAGCCACCAAAUGUGAAGCCCAAGAAAUUCCUCAGGAUCGACAAGCUUCUGCGCGAGCUGUCUGAUUUGAAGGCUGUAGUGGCAGAGCUGAAGCACGAGGAGCAGAAGAGAAAGGAGAGGAAGCAGAAGAAGAAGCAGCAGAGAAAGCAGAAGAAGAAGGACCAGAAGGAGAAGCAGGAGAAGCAGGAGAAGCAGGAGAAGCAGGAGAAGCAGGAGAAGCAGGAGAAGCAGGAGGACGAGGACGAGGAGGGUUUCCUGGGUCAUGUCACCCAGCGCAUGCGAUUCCGCCCAUCAGCACGUCCUCCACCGAGGCCACGAGCAUCAGCCUCGCCACUGGUGAGAAGUCGACCACCGUUCCGAGUGGAGCAGCGGUUGUUCGACAUGUUGUCGCAGGAAGAACCUCGUUCCAAGCAGGAUGCCAUGUUCGGAAUGGCAAGGGACUAACUACAUGUACUGAGGAGACGUGCCUCCAUACGAGGAGUAGACUGUGCCACUGGGUAGGCUGAAGACGAUGCCUAGCUCACACAGAAAUGGCACUGGACCUACUCGGUGAGGUGCCCGGUUGAAGGAGGAGUAUGUACCUAGCUGUUACCAGAGUGGCACUGUCCAUACACAAGGUACCUUACAUGUACUCACACAAGGGUGGGAGUAUGAAAGCG